GGCGCGCUGCGCCGGGCCAGCGCCGCGAGGGGGGGCGGGCGGCCCAUCCUGCAGCAGGACGCCGGCUCCCUCGACUCGCCGAGCCCUGCGGAUCGGGGGGAGGGAAGCCCGCCUCGAUUCUCCGGGAGAAACCCCUUCCCUCCCCCGCCUCGCCGACAACAAUACGCCGCCGCCGCCGCCGCCGCGCGCGCCCUGCGCAGCCAUGGAAGCCGGGACCCCCGCCGCCGCCGCGCCGCCCGCAGCCGGGGCUCGCAGGAUACCGGGAGGUCGGCUCUGAAGGCGAGCGCCCCGGAGCCCCUCAGGGCAGAGGACCGGCCAAGCCGAGGAUUUCAUGGCGCAGGCCGCAGAGCCGAGCAGGAAGACGAAAGGGUGCAUCUCGGCGCUUCAAACCCCUAACUGUCUGGGUCCCGACCAUGGGAGAUGGUGUUGAGGAUUCGGCUGCUCCCCGGUUCACUGUGGAAGCCAUCUCCAGAUUAGCGAUCACAUAUGGAAACUGGAGACCGGAAUUUUAGGAAAAGAGAUUAAAACAUCUCACUUUUAGGGGGUGGGGGUGUCUUUUUAUUUCCCCCCUCCCCCUUUUUUUAAAACUCACUGCAACCAGAACAGUUUCUGAUCCCAAAAGCCUGAUGACCAUAGCUGUGGGGACCGACUAUUGGCUCUACUCCAGAGGGGUCUGCAAGACGAAAAGUGUCAGUGAAAACGAAACCAGCAAAAAGAAUGAGGAAGUUAUGACCCAUUCUGGAUUAUGGAGAACGUGCUGCCUUGAAGGGAACUUCAAAGGCCUGUGCAAGCAAAUCGAUCACUUCCCAGAGGAUGCAGAUUACGAAGCUGACACAGCAGAAUAUUUCCUCCGGGCCGUGAGGGCCUCGAGCAUCUUCCCCAUCCUGAGCGUGAUUCUGCUGUUCAUGGGCGGCCUCUGCAUCGCGGCCAGCGAGUUCUACAAGACUCGUCACAACAUCAUCCUGAGCGCUGGCAUCUUCUUCGUGUCUGCAGGUCUGAGUAACAUCAUUGGGAUCAUCGUGUACAUAUCUGCCAACGCAGGAGACCCCUCGAAGAGUGACUCGAAAAAGAACAGUUACUCCUACGGCUGGUCCUUCUACUUCGGGGCCCUGUCCUUCAUCAUCGCUGAGAUGGUCGGGGUGCUGGCCGUGCAUAUGUUCAUAGACCGGCACAAACAGCUGCGGGCCACGGCCCGCGCCACGGACUACCUCCAGGCCUCGGCCAUCACCCGCAUCCCCAGCUACCGCUAUCGUUACCAGCGCCGCAGCCGCUCCAGCUCGCGCUCCACCGAGCCCUCUCACUCAAGGGACGCCUCGCCCGUGGGCAUCAAGGGCUUCAACACCCUGCCGUCCACCGAGAUCUCCAUGUACACGCUCAGCAGGGACCCCCUGAAGGCUGCCACCACGCCCACCGCCACCUACAACUCCGACAGGGACAACAGCUUCCUCCAGGUCCACAACUGUAUCCAGAAGGAGAACAAGGACUCUCUCCACUCCAACACAGCCAACCGCCGGACCACGCCCGUAUGAAGACCGCCCCGGGGGGCUGGUGGCUGGUGGCCCCGGCGCCAGUGGGAGGGACCCUGGGCAUGGCAGGAGGCGUGGCCCACGGGCAGGGACAGGGCUGCCCACGGGAGACCUUCCCAAAGCAAAAAACACACACACAGACACACACACAAAAACACAAAAAACAAAAAAAGAGAAAAACGUAACAAGUAAAUUAAAAAAAAUAAAAAUAAAAACAAAAUAUAAGAGGAACAAACAUGUAAACAACAGGCAAUGUGGAAAAAUAUAAACGAAGGGAGACAAACUUUAAAACGAAGCAAAAGGGAUUAAAAAAUUAACAAUAGAAAAUAAAUCUAAAAGAAAAUGCAUGACUUCCCAUGUACCAUUAUUUUAACAUUUAAUAAAAACCAAUUUAAAUGAAAACCAUAAAAGGGAACCAAGAUAAUAUUAAAACAAAAAGAAAAAAAAAAGAAAAAAAAUACGAAAAGGAACGGAAAGGGAGAGGGGUGCCCUUUGCUUUUAAUUAGGGUUUUAUGUUACCUUUUUGUUUGUUCACUUGGUUGUUUAAUUGUGGGGAAAGUUUAAAAACUAACAGUAUUAAAGCAUUCUGUUCCCUUUAACCCAGUGAGCCCCGCCUCUCUGGGGGGUGGGGGUGGAGGCAGGAGCCUGUGUCACUGCCAGGCCCCUGGGACCCCUGGGAGGCCCCCCAGCCGGCUCCCCCCAGUACUGAGGCACCUGUAGGCCUCCGGGUGGCCUGGGUCCUCGGUCCCUCCUGUCCGUUCGGUGCCUGGAGGGUACACGUGGGGCUCCCCGCCCCUGGUUCCCAGUCCUUAAUGGUCCUAACCCACUGUGAUGACUUCCUAGGCCUUGAGGAAAGGGAGGGGGAAGGGAUGGCUGCCGUGGGCUUACAGAGAUGCCGGACACCCCGGAAUCCUCAGGGUGAGCCUUUGGGGGUCACCAUCCCCAAGCUCCUGUCCUUGGGGUCAGGAGACACCCACCCCUCCCUGGGAGAGGGACUGUAAAGGGGCUCUCCCUCCUCACCCCUCACCACAGGGCCACCUGAUGACCCUGGGGUGAUGGUGGACCCCCAGACUCAUAGGCCCCCCAGUCCUCCUGGGACAGGGGCUCUUUGACCCUUUGGGGGUCGUUGGAUUCACUGACGCCCCUCUCUGGGCCCAGGAUCCAACAAUGACGUUGCAAAAAGGUUUCUUUUUACAAAAGAAAAAGGAAAACAAGUGGUGAUUUUUUUUUAAUAAAAAAACCACAGAUUAUAAAUAAAUGUAAAUAUAUAAUAAGUGGAUUUACUUGCAAGAAAAUCAGAUAGUAUUUUUCUUUUAAUUCUUUUCCAGCUUUAAACUGUGAAAAAAAAACACAAAACAAUAGGGUGGGGUGGGGGGGCUUUAAAAUUUAGCAGGGAACUUGUAAAGACAAAACAGAAAACAAAUAUACAAAUCCAUUUAAAACCAAACAAGACAGAUGGAGAGAGGCGAGCUGGGCUUCGAGCCAGAGGAAGAGGAAUAGGCCCCAGCCAGCUGCAGGGAGCCUUCUAGAAAGAUCGCUUCCUUCUACCCAGAAGGUGCUGCUGAUGUGGGGAGAGGAGACCACACGACACCCACAGCCACAUGCCGUCCACGCAGCCCAGCGCUGUGACAGCUCCAGGGACGACCCCGCUGUACUACCCACCCCACGCCCUGCCGGGUGCCCAGCUCAGAAAAACCGACUCCUGCCAUCCAGAGCCACGGGCACCAGCACCACAAGGCCACCCCAGCCUUUAUGGCCCAUGUGCCCCUCCCCACAACACCGCUAUACACACGCACGUGCACACACACACACGCAGACCAAGCUCACCCGCAUGGCGAGGGCACCGGCUGGAGCCCAGGCCUGGAUUCUGCAUUUCCUCACUGUGUGGCCUCCCUGGGCCUCCAUGUCCCCCCGGGUACAUGUACAGGCUGACCCAGAUGUGCCCUCUGAAGGACCGGUCUUGUUCUAAAAUCUGCCACCUGCACAGGGAAAAAUGCCCGGGAUGACCGAAUCAGUUGCCACCGAGCUCCCGUGACAUGGAGAACAAUUCCAAAUCACCGGUUGGCCUCCCCACCCCUCCCCCAUGCACAGACACAUACACACGCACACAUACAUGUGCACACACACACAUCUCCCACAUGGCUCCUCACUGUGCUCCCCAGCCCCUGACCCCACAUUCAGUGUCAAAGCAAAAAUACACACACGUGAGCUAAUGUUUCCUGCCAUUCAGACACAGAGGGCAAAGACGCAGAGGUCCCCAAAGCCACUCUUCAUGUGUGUCUCCUUUCUCUAAUGCCAUGGCCCCAUCACAGAAUGAAGGAGGCUCCCCAGGACCCUCCAGAGCCUUUUGGCUGGGGAGGUGGGGAGGUGUCAAAAAAAAAGAUCCUUCAAAAUUUUCAAGAAAGGCUCCUCUCUCUUUCUCUCUCUGUCUCUCUCUCUCUCUCUCUCUCUCUCUCUCUCUGGAGCUCAGAAUUAAAGUUUUCAAGGAAAGCUUCUCUCUCUCUCUCUCUCUCUCUCUCUCUCUCUCUUUCUGGAGCUCAGAAUUUUAGCUGUGCAUAGUCCUAGGGGAGCACCUGCUCCCCAAAGUUAAACUACAGCAAGGAGCACACUGGAUUCUCCCCUUUCUUCUCCAGAGUGACCAGGACCAGUUCAGACUAAAAACUCCCAGCUAGAAAUUUCCCACCAGCUUGCAUAUGAUCCAGUCCCAGCCGACGAGGCCACAUCACCCGCAGCCGCUUAUCUCCCUGGGUUUGCCACCAUCCACCCCUGGCCCGUCCUGAGUUUUCCCAAGCUGAGCUUUCUGGGGCUCCAAAGGGUGGCUGGCAAGGCUGCUUGAACAUGUGCACUGUGUCGUCUUCAGGAGAGGGAAGCUGUCUCCCCAGGCUAGCAGGAGCCACACAGCUCAGGCCCAGACGUGCAGGGGAGGCCACAGGGCCCAGGGCUCAGAGGUGGGGCUGGUGAAGCCGUGGUGGUCACCGAGACUGGUCAUCUCUCUGACUGGGCAGAAAUGACCAGCUCUCCCCAACCACCAGCUGCACCCCAUCACCACCCCCAGACACCAAACCAGGUGGAGGCCUAGUAAGAAGGGAAAAGCCGGAGCAGAAGCCUGUUUGCUUGUCCCACAGGAAGGCUGGUCUUGUUCUGGGGCUCUGACAUUUGGACCUGGCUGGGAGGCCUGGGGCCUGAGUCCACUUAGAGAAGACCAGGGGGCGUGGGUGACACCAGCGUGACAAGGAAAGGACAAGGGGGCCAGGAGGAAGAAGCUGGGAUGUGCCUGCUGGGGCACUGCCCUUCAGGGUAGACGACUGCUCGUGUCCAGCUCCAAUCAGUUCAAGAAAUCAACCUCCAUUUUAUUUUCUUGGUGGUUCCUUUAUUUUUUUUUCAGACUGUUACAGAAAAAAUUUUAAAAAGCAGAAAACAAAACAAAAAAUACAAAACAAAAAAAAUCCUGGUACAUGAAAUAAAGAUUUUUUUUUAUA